AUGGAGAACAGAAUAGGUGAUGGACAUGAAAAACCACCAGCUCCCCCAGUGAGACUAGAAAGUACCAGGGAGUCAUCUCUUUCUCAGGAAUAUAAGCCACUUCCAAAAGAACCAGAUGAGAAGAAAAAAUUUAAAAAUCAAAAAGGAAAUAAAACUGGGAAACAGAAAGAAAAUGAGAAACCAGUCAUCUCAGAACCAAAGAAUUUUGAACACAUGGUUCAUGUUGGAUUUGACUGUCAUACUGGAGAAUUUACAGGAAUGCCAGAAUCAUGGGCCAAGUUAUUACAGAAUUCAACCAUUACUAAAUCUGAACAGAAGAAGAAUCCUCAAGCUGUAUUAGAUGUAUUAAAUUAUUAUGAUUCUAAAGACAAGAGAGAAUCUAAAUAUAUGCUCAAUAUUAAAUCUUCCACAAUAUCUAAACCAGAGAAUUUAGCUAAUGCUGGAGAUGUUAAUGAUGCAGAAAAUGCUGAAAGUCCUCCACCGCCUAUUGCAGCUAGACCAGAUCGUACAAAAUCUAUAUAUACUAAACCUAUAGAAGAAGACAAACCUCAUGAUACAAGUCAUGAUAAUAAAACAGAAAAACCAAAGAAAAAGAAAAUGACUGAUGAUGAAAUCAUGGAGAAAUUACGCAGUAUUGUUACAAUAGGGGACCCCAACAGAAAAUACACAAAAAUGGAAAAGAUUGGCCAAGGAGCAUCUGGUACUGUAUAUAUUGCUAUAGAAGUAGCUACUGGUAGAGAAGUAGCUAUUAAAACAAUGAAUCUGUCUCAACAACCUAAAAAAGAGCUCAUCAUCAAUGAAAUUCUAGUCAUGAGGGAAAAUCAAAAUCCAAAUAUUGUCAAUUAUCUAGAUAGUUAUUUAGUUGGUGAAGAAUUAUGGGUUGUGAUGGAAUUUUUAGCAGGAGGUUCACUAACUGAUGUUGUAACAGAAACUUGUAUGGAUGAAGGUCAGAUAUCAGCUGUUUGUAGAGAGUGUUUACAAGCGUUAGAGUUUUUACAUGAAAAUCAAGUGAUACAUAGAGAUAUUAAAAGUGAUAAUAUUUUAUUGGGUAUGGAUGGAAGUGUUAAAUUGACUGAUUUUGGUUUCUGUGCUCAGUUAUCACCUGAACAAAGUAAAAGAUCUACCAUGGUUGGUACACCUUACUGGAUGGCACCUGAGGUUGUUACAAGGAAACAAUAUGGUCCUAAAGUUGAUAUAUGGAGUUUAGGUAUUAUGGCUAUAGAAAUGAUUGAAGGAGAACCACCAUAUCUCAAUGAAAAUCCACUAAGAGCUCUGUAUUUGAUAGCUACUAAUGGUAAACCAGAUAUAAAAGAAAAACAGAAAUUAUCACCAGUCUUCCAGGACUUUCUAGAUAAAUGUUUAGAUGUUGAUGUUGAAAAAAGAGCCUCAGCUUCUGAAUUAUUGAAGCACCCAUUUUUACGUUUAGCUAAACCAUUAGCCAGUUUAGUUCCACUUAUAUUAGCGGCUAAAGAAGCUCAAAAAGGUCACUGA